CGAACAAACCCGUCGGACCUGCAUCAAGAAAGCGUUGCAGAAACGUUGUUCGUCUUAAUAUUGGCUGUGACCUGAUCCUGUUCAAUUCCUGCCAUGUCCACGUUUGCAAAAACACUGUCUCCCGCUCUCCGCGAAAUUCGCAUCUUUUGCUGCCAGUCAAACCAAGCUUCGGCGGGCACGCGGCAAUUCAUCUUGUCCACAUACCCAGUCAUCAAGAAACACAACCCGGACCUUCCCGUCAUGAUACGGGAGGCAAACGGCACACCUGCGCGGAUGUUUGCACGAUUUGAACGCGGAGUUGAGAAACACGUUGAGCUGGACGAUCUAUCAUCAUCAGAUGUGGCUGCUAGUGUUGCUCGGAUAUUGAGCGUCUCAUAGUCACCAUGCUUUAACCGCCCCAGCGUUGUAUCCAAUUCAAACAUUUCUCUUGCCA